AUGGAGGCGGACAGAUCGGGUGGAGGACCAAACCCCAACUGUGGCGGCCCUGGUAGCAGCAGCAUAGCCGGACGCAGUAACCCAAAUGGGCCCAAAGCAGCAGCACCGAGCCAGGCCACUGCUCACACCACCAGCGGGGCUAUGUCAGUAGGGCCGGCUCCCGCGGGCCUCCUGCCGCCUGGCUCUAUGUCUGGGCCGGUGCCUGGGUCUCCGUUACGUGAGCUGCACGAAGGGGACUCGGGGAUGAAUCUGCCCGGGAUCCUGCACUUCAUCCAGUACGAGUGGGGACGUUUCCAGGCCGAGAAAUACCGAUGGGAAGCGGAGAGAGACGAGCUCCGGGCUCAGGUGGCGUUUCUACAAGGUGAGAGAAAAGGACAAGAGAAUAUGAAGCAGGACUUGGUUAGACGCAUCAAAAUGUUGGAAUAUGCCCUUAAACAAGAAAGAGCUAAACACCAGAAACUGAAGACUGGCAAUGAUCAGAGCCCGACUGACAAGAAGCCAGAAACAGAAGCAGACCAAGUUCCCAAUGGACCAGCAGAGUCAGACUCUGAGCCAGCCAAUCAGAUGUCCUGGAAAGAGGGACGUCAACUAUUACGCAAAUAUUUAGAAGAGGUGGGGUAUUCAGACACUAUUCUGGACAUGCGAUCGAAGCGUGUGCGCUCCCUCCUUGGACGAAGCAGUCCAGAAGCAAACGGACCUCUACCCAGUGACACUUUUUCAGAGCCCGAGCCACGGACAGGCGGAGAGUCUUUACUUGUCAGACAGAUAGAGGAACAAAUCAAAAGGAACGCAGGUAAAGAGACCUCUCAGGAGCACAUGGGUGGUUCUGUUCUUGAUAAAAUCCCCUUCCUGCAUGGCUGUGAGGAUGAUGAUGAAGACGAUAGCGAUGAAGAAGAUGACUUCCAGGGCAUAGCGACUGAUUGCAUUGAUGGACCACGCAAGAAUAAAAAGUCUCGAGUAAAGAUGGGCUCAGAACCCAUGACCACAGACCUGGACCCAGAGGACGAGGAGGAUGAAGACGAUUCGGAAGAUGCUCAGAAUGAAUUUGACUUCCUGGGAUCCGGGGAGGAUGGGGAGGGGGCAGGAGAGGCACGAAUCUCGGGGGAUGGACGGGAGUUAGAGAACCACAGGAACAAGUUACAAGGCAUGAUGCCGGACUUCCCCCCUAAACCUGCCCCACCCCCCUCUGUUUCAGGACAGUCUCGCGCAGGGGAAGGUGGCACCCUCAGCUUCUCCUCGGAUGUGUUCAUUAUGGAUGCUGUUGGUGGAGGUGAUAUGAACCUUGGUGAACUGGCAGAUCUCACUGUUGCCAAUGACAAUGAUCUCUCUUUGGAUAUGCAUGACAACAGAGAAGAAUUUAAGAAAACUUGGAACCCACGUUUUACUCUACGCAGCCAUUUUGAUGCCAUUCGUGCUAUGACCUUCCACCCGAGCCAGCCAGUGCUGCUGACCGCUUCUGAAGAUGGCACACUUAAACUGUGGAACCUGAACAAGGCCAUGCACUCAAAAAAAAAUGCAGCUUUGGACGUUGAACCUAUUUAUACAUUCAGGGCACACAGUGGUGCUGUGCUGUCUCUCACAAUUGGAGACGAUGGAGACACCUGCUACAGUGGUGGUCUGGAUGGAACAGUCCGCUGCUGGAAGAUGCCAGACCUUAAUGUGGAUCCAUACGAUAACUAUGAUCCCAGCAUCGAGAGCAGUGUCCUCUCUGGCCACGAGGACAGUGUGUGGGGUCUCACCUAUUCUGGAGCGCACGAUCGUUUGGCCUCAUGUUCAGCAGAUGGCACCAUUAGAAUCUGGAAUCUUCAAAACUCUUCUCCCUGUUUGUCUGUUUUCAAUAAAGAAAGGGAGCAUGGCACACCCACAUCUGUAGCUUUUGUGGCUACUGACCCGAACCAAAUUGUGGUGUCUUACGAUGGCGGUGAAACUUUGAUUUAUGACCUCAAUACAGAGCAGAGUGUUAUUUCACUACAGACAGAGACCAAGGAUGGCAGUGAAUUGAUACACCGUGUUGUCAGCCACCCUCUGGAAGCAGUGUCUAUCACGGCACAUGAGAAUCGAACAAUCCGCUUUGCAGACAACAAGACCGGUCAAGUUGUCCAUUCAAUGGUGGCUCAUCUGGAUGCAGUCACUUGUCUCACUACAGACCCAAAAGGCACUUACUUAAUCUCCGGAAGCCAUGACUGCUCUGUGCGGCUCUGGAUGCUCGACAACAGGACGUGCGUACAGGAGAUCACGGCCCACAGGAAGAAACACGACGAGGCCAUACAUGAUAUGCACUUGCCAAGAUCUUUGUCUGAGUCUUAG